AUGACCUUGCUCCUUCAGACUAUAGCUAUUCAGCAAGGACAUCUCUCUCAAGGUUCAACGCAAGCUAAUGCAUUGACACAUGUAGCCACAAUAAAUUGCGUUCAAUGUGGAGAGGGACAUUCAGUGGAAGUCUGCCCAUUGAAUCAACAACCCGUAUACUCUAUUUAUAACGAAUCAUUGGGGAACACCUACAACCCUGGUUGGCGGAAUCACCCAACUUUCAGUUGGGGCGGGAAUCACAACCAGGGAGGCCAAGGUAAUCAUCAGAACAGUUAUCAUGGGAAUCGAGGCAACCCUCCGGUUUUCAUUAAUCAGGAUCAAAGUCCAGAUUUAACCAUCAACGAUGACCAAUCAACCACAAAUAAAAGAAUUACCAGUUCAGAAGAAAGUACAUCUACAAAGGAUGAAUCUCAGCAAGACUCUAAUGCAAAGUCAAUACAACCUCCAGCUCCUAAAACACAGCAAACACAGGACCUCAAUGAACAGCUAAUUGAACAGAAAGUACAGCGGGAUCCUCCACCUUUCCCGUCCAUGCUGAGAAAGAAAUAUGACAGUAAACAAUUCCAGAGGUUCCUAGACGUUCUCCGACAAUUACAUAUUAACAUUCCCUUGAUAGAAGCGUUGGAACAGAUGCCGAGCUAUGUGAAAUUCCUCAAGGACAUACUUACUAAUAAGAGGAAGAUCGGGGAGAAUGAAACAGUUGCGUUAACAUAUGAAUGUAGUGCGUUAUUUCAAAACAGCAUCCCCACCAAAAUGAAAGAUCCCGAGAGUUUCACAUUGCCCUGCUCAAUAGGGGGUAAAGAAGUAAAAAAUGCACUGUGUGAUCUGGGGGCAAGUAUAAAUCUCAUGCCCUUGUCAAUCUUCAAAAAGUUACAUAUCGACAAAGCAAGACCUACCACGGUUACGUUGCAGUUGACCGAUAGAUCAAUAACGCAUCCUGAGGGCAAAAUAAAGGAUGUACUUGUGCAAGUAGAUAAAUUUAUCUUCCCUGCUGACUUUAUCAUAUUAGAUUAUGAAGCUGACAGAGAGGUGCCUAUCAUCUUGGGUCACCUAUUUCUUGCAACAGGGCGAGCACUGAUCGACGUACAGAAAGGAGAGCUUACCAUAAAGGUCGACGAUCAGCAAGUUAAAUUCAACGUUCUCAAUGCGUUGAAAUAUCCAGGUGAAAUGGAGAAUUGUCAAUAUGUUGAAGAACUGCAGGAUGAUUAUUGGCAUGAGCCUCAGGAAGAACCAGAGGAAGAAGACUUUGAGAUCGACUGUCUUGCUCAUGCCUUGAGUGUAAUAAGCAGAUAUAUGAGCAAUCCUGGAAAGCCACAUUGGGAGGCUGGAAAAUAG